AUGCCGCGACUCGUGAUUUUUCUCUUAUUUUUUGUGGUGGCUAUACAUAUAGCCAAUGGAUUGAAUCCACGAAAACUCGAUGAGGGUGAGAGCAAGUGUGGAGGUUGUCCUUGUGACAAACCUUGUAAUCCACCUUCACCACCACCACCUCCACCUUCACCACCACCACCUCCACCCGAUCUGCCACCACCAUCACCAUCACCGCCACCACCAAAGAAACCGCCAAGCGGCCCUAACUGCCCUCCUCCUCCUUGUUCCGAUGGUUGCGGCGGAGGAGGAGGAGGUGGUGGGGAAAAUGUUCCCUAUUCUCCAAAUUCACAAUAUAUCUAUAUGACUGGUCCACCAGGGGAUUUGUACCCCGUUGACCAUGACGUUGGUGGUGCAAAAAGGAGCUUUUCUAGUGGAUUUUCACUUUUGAUCAGUGGAUUCUUCUUGGGAUUGCUUUUGUUUUGGUGA